CUUUCUUUAUUUAAUUUGAAAGAAUUUAAACUUUAUUCAUUGAGUCCAUUCGAAGCAUGGACUCCCGGAAAAAGGUACAAUGCCAAGCGCCAACAUCAGUACCUGUGCCCCUGGUAAUACCCAAGAAUUCUGUGAUAGAAACCUGUGGAAUAAGCCGAGGCAGCACAGAACCUAUUCAGGCCAGAGUUAAGGUCAUGGAACAGAUUGGCAGUGGAUCUUUUGGGCUUGUUUACAGGGCUCGUUUAGAUGGCAUAAAGGAACCAGUGGCACUAAAACAAAUCCCCCACGAUCCGCAGUUUUGUCAACGGGAGGCCGAGAUCUUGGACCAGCUGGUGGACCACUCUAACAUCGUUCGACUUAUUAUGCACUCAUGUGUGGAAUUAGGCAACCCUCCGCAAAGCUGCUAUAUCCUCAUCAUGGAGUUCAUGCCUAUGACUCUGCACGACUACAUCAACCGUCAUCAGAGUCAGAUGCACUACUCCGACUCACUUCUCUAUGUGCGGAUUCUUUCAUAUCAGAUCUUUCGAGGAUUAGGACAUCUUCACACUCUGGGCAUCUGCCAUAGGGACAUAAAGCCGGAAAAUCUCCUUUUGGACAACAGAAGAAUGGUGCUUAAGUUGGGUGACUUUGGCAGCGCCAAGUUUUUGGUACCUCAGGAACCUAGUUUAAGUUACAUUUGUUCCAGACUGUACCGUGCCCCUGAACUGUUUGCCAAAUGCGAGCUCUAUAGUUGCUCGGUGGAUAUAUGGAGUGCGGGCUGCGUUUUGGCGGAACUUCUAAAGGGAUCUCCUUUAUUUAUGAGUAUCAUUCACGAAGAAAAUCAGCUUGGGCAUAUCAUUAAUACUCUAGGCACAGAGGGCUUGGAACGAGCUCCGGAAAUCCUCUCUCAUUGCGGUGAUAUAAGAAACAUAAUUUCAACCCGCCCCAGUUGGGAUAUAUUACUGCAUACGGUUGUGCCGCAGGAUCUGUCGGAUCUGCUGAACUCUUGUUUGGUCUACGAGUCUGCAGGCCGCAUACUACCCAUAGUAGCAUGUGCCCAUCCCAGUUUCGAUGAACUACGUGUCAUGGACACCCUUGAUCGCCGAAUGCCUAACGGUCGUAAGCUUCCACCCCUCUUCAACUUUAGCGAUCAGGAAUUGGGCAUAGACCAAAACCUUUGGUUGCAUCUCCUGCCACUUUAUUUGAUGGACUAAAACCCGAAUGCA